AGGACUCCAUUUACCAGAGGACCACAUGAGGGCGCCCCCUGGUCCCGCCCCCUCCCCGGUCCCGCCGCGUGGCUGGAGAGUCGGCCCGCGCCGGAAGCCGCUCUCCCGGCCAGGGGAAGGUGGGGAAGCGCGCAGGUGCAGCCAGCAUGGGUGAGCCCCAGGGGUCCACGCGGAUCCUAGUGACGGGGGGCUCUGGGCUGGUGGGCAGAGCCAUCCAGAAGGUGGUAGCAGAUGGAGCCAGGCUGCCCGGAGAGGACUGGGUGUUUGUCUCCUCCAAGGAUGCCGACCUCACGAAUGCUGCACAGACCCGGGCACUGUUUGAAAAGGUCCAGCCCACACACGUCAUCCAUCUUGCUGCCAUGGUGGGGGGCCUCUUCCGGAACAUGAAAUACAAUUUGGACUUCUGGAGGAAAAACGUGCACAUCAACGACAACGUGCUGCACUCGGCCUUCGAGGUGGGCGCGCGCAAGGUGGUCUCCUGCUUGUCUACCUGCAUCUUCCCGGACAAGACCACCUACCCUAUCGACGAGACCAUGAUUCAUGAUGGGCCGCCGCACAGCAGCAAUUUUGGCUACUCUUAUGCCAAGAGGAUGAUUGACGUGCAGAACAGGGCCUACUUCCAGCAGCACGGCUGCACCUUCACCGCCGUCAUUCCCACCAAUGUCUUCGGGCCGCAUGACAACUUCAACAUCGAGGAUGGCCACGUGCUGCCCGGCCUCAUCCACAAGGUGCACCUGGCCAAGAGCCGCGGCUCGGCCCUGACGGUGUGGGGCACGGGGAGGCCCCGGAGGCAGUUCAUCUACUCACUGGACCUGGCUCGGCUCUUCCUCUGGGUCCUGCGGGAAUACGACCAGGUGGAGCCCAUCAUCCUGUCAGUGGGCGAGGAGGACGAGGUGUCCAUCCGGGAGGCGGCCGAGGCCGUGGUGGAGGCCAUGGACUUCCACGGGGAGGUCAUCUUUGAUACCACCAAGUCAGAUGGGCAGUUUAAGAAGACGGCCAGCAACAGCAAGCUGCGGGCCUACCUGCCUGACUUCCGGUUCACACCCUUCAAGCAGGGUGAGCCCUCUCGCCCCAGCCCUGGGAGUCCUCCCAGCCCCUCCCGAGGCCUCAGCUCCCUCCCGCCAGGUGGGGUGGGCGCCCUACAGGUUUGGUCUCCACACCGUCACCGUGGAGGCAGGAGGCAGGGUGACUGCCCUAUGGCCCUGGGCCCCCUCCCCACCUCCCCUGCUGCCUCUGCAGCCGUGAAGGAGACCUGUGCCUGGUUCACUGACAACUACGAGGAGGCACGGAAGUGAAGCACAGCCGCGGCCGUGGGGCCAGGGGCCUCCUUUUCCUGGUGCCCUGGCGGCCGCUCAGCCAGUGGAACCCAGCGGCCACCACCCUCAGAGCCUGCCCGGAGUUGGGAGCACUGCCCCCACGGUGGUGGGCCCGUGCUUCACCCCCUACCAGGGUAGCUCUGGGUCACUGUCCAGAGGGGCCACGUCCGUCCUCAGGGAAAGAAAGGCCCGGCCAGGCCGGCACCUUGCUCCCCAGCACCGGUCCCCGAGUGUGUCCAUUCCUGAGUCCCUGGGAGCCAAUAAAGUGCAUUUGUUUCCACA